UACUCUUGAACAUCACCUGACUAUGCCUAGAACCACCAAAUAACUUUCUCCAUCCACAAACCUUUCGUUUCUUCUCUCUAUCUAUCAAUGCCAAAACCCAAGACAGUCUCUGAAUUCUUGUGAACCUCAAAUCCAAAGUUUCUCAAGCUCAAGAAUCCUCAAGUUCUCUCAGCUGUGCAAACACAAAAGGAUAAAGAGAGGGGAGCAAAAAAGCUGAGGAAAGAGAGAGGAUCUAAAGAGAGAUGGGUUCAACAACAACCAACCCAUUCAAACACCAACCUCACUCUCUCACAAAGAAGCUCCUUCCAUGGACUCUAUAUGCUCUCCUUCUCAUCUCUCUUCUUCCCUUGUAUUUCUUCACCAUACCAACUUUUCAGCUUCAUCAACACACCCCCACCACCACCACCACCACCACCUCCUCCUCCUCUUCCACUUCAAAAGAAGAGAAGAGGGCUAUUAAUGCUCAAAUGGCAUGUGACUACUCCAAUGGAAAAUGGGUCCCAGACAAAGUGGGCCCUCUGUACAAUGGCACAAGCUGUGGUACAAUCAAGGAUGGGCAGAACUGCAUGAGCCAUGGCAGGCCUGACCUGGGUUACCUCUACUGGAAAUGGAAACCCAUUCAAUGCAAACUUCCCAGGUUUUUCCCGGAAACUUUCCUCCAAAUCCUGAGAAACAAACACUUGGCCUUUGUGGGUGAUUCCAUGGCUAGAAACCAAUUGGAGUCUCUUCUCUGCAUGUUAUCCUCUGCCUCUCCCCCCAAACUUGUCUACACCAAUGGUGAUGACGACAUCAAGUUUCGUCGCUGGCAUUUUCAUUCUCACAAUGUCACUGUAUCAAUCUAUUGGUCACCAUUUCUUGUUAAAGGAAUUGAAAAAACAGAGUCUGAGAGUGUGAAUUAUAAUAGAUUGUACUUGGAUUCUGUCGAUGAACGGUGGGCGUCUGAUAUGGAUCGGAUGGACAUAAUUGUCUUAUCAGUGGGACAUUGGUUUUUACAUCCAGCUGUGUAUUACAAUGGUGAAUCAGUACUAGGUUGCCAUUAUUGCACAGGUCUCAAUUACACCGAGGUCGGGUUUUAUGAUGUGUUUAGGAAAGCUUUUAAGACCACCCUGAAUGCCAUAAUUGAAAGGCGUGGUAGUAGUAGCAACGGUAUUGGUGUAAUUGUGACUACGUUCUCGCCUCACCAUUUUGAGGGCGAGUGGGACAAGUUUGGGGCUUGUCCCAAGACUCAGCCUUAUAUGGAAGGCGAGAAGGAGCUUGAAGGGAUGGACGCGGAGAUGAGAGGAGUGGAGGUGGUGGAAGUCAGGGCUGCAAAGGAAAAGGCGAAGAAUUUUGGAGGACUAAGGUUGGAUGUUUUGGAUGUCACAAAAUUGUCAUUGAUGAGACCAGAUGGACAUCCUGGACCGUAUAUGUAUGCUAAUCCAUUUGCUAAUGGAAUUGGAGAGAGGGUUCAAAAUGACUGUGUCCACUGGUGCUUGCCGGGUCCGGUGGAUACUUGGAAUGAGAUAAUGUUGGAUGUGAUGAAGAGAUGGGAGGUCUAGGAAGAUUUAGAGAGUGAACCCAUGAGGCAUCACAAUGUGAUAAUACAAGGGUUUGUUUAUCUCUAUGUUGUUUUCCUCUGUUUUUGUGGUGAUUAUUGCUUUUGAAGAGAGCCAAAAGAAGAGGACACAGAUUGUUAGAAUACUCGGAGUCAUUCAAACCAAAAUCAAUUAGUUAUAGGUGGAGAGACUUUGAUACUCCCCCGCAUGUGGUCAAAUUGUGGAAGUGAUAAAGAGUAAAUGAGAUGGAAGAAACAGACCUGGGGCGAAGACUUGACCCGUGAGAUUACCCAAAACUCACUUCACUUCUUCGACUAUGAUUGAUUUUGACUUUGAAUGCCUCAAGAUAUUCUAACUCAAAGGUAUGGAUCUUGUGGAAGGAAGGAAUGGGAAUAGAUGAUAUGUGUGUACAAAUGAGUUUAAUGUGCAGUGCUGAGGAUAUUUAAGGCAGACUGGUUGUUCUUUUGUUUCUUGCCUUACAAUUUUUUACAUAUCUUGGUUCUCAUUUUGUACAUUUAUUAAUGAUAUGAAGAGCUAUAAUCAUCGGGUUCUUAAGCUUUGCUUUUA